AUGGAUGAAUUGACAAGGAACAUUAAAGGGGAGAUGCCAUGGUGCAUGCUAUUUGCAAACCGUGUAGUACUUAUUGACGAGACGAAAGGUGGUGUUAACUAUAGGAUGGAGGUUUGGAGACAAAUCCUAGAGUCUAAAAGUUUCCGGUUGAGCAAGACAAAAAUAGAAUACUUGGAAUGCAAGUUCAGUGACGUAGCUCAUCAGGAUGACAUGGAAGUGAGGCUUGAUACACAAGCCAUCCCCAAGAGAGGAAGUUUCACGUAUCUUAGGUCUAUAAUCCAAGGUACUGGGGAGAUUGACGAUGAUGUCACACAUCGCAUUGGAGCGGAGUAG